UGUAUAUCUGGCAUCUCUGCCACCGUGUUACGCUUGACGUUUAUGAAAAAAUCGCGUAAAACAACAUUGUUUGUCGCAGCUUUCAUCAACUGCGUAGUGUGUAAAUAUAUUUUCUCAGGUUUUCUUGCUGUUUCCGCUGUUUUCCUGUUAAUACUUGUUAAAAAACUUUAAUUUAAACCAACGGCAUUAUGUUCGGCACACCGACGCUCGGUGCCGCAUCAGCCUUCGGCGGGACAACGGCCGUAGCGCCGUCCAAUCCGAUGAAAGAUUUCGAAGUGACCUCUCCGCCGGAGGAUACAGUGUCAGCGAUGGAGUUUUCUCCGUCUACGCUCCAGCAAAACUUUCUGAUUGCCGGCAGUUGGGAUUGUAGCGUGCGCUGCUGGGAGGUGGAACAAACCGGGAAAACCGUCGGUAAAUCCAUCAAAACUAUGGGCGGUCCAGUGCUUGAUGUGUGUUGGGCGGACGAUGGCAGUAAAGUGUUCAUCGCAUCCGCGGAUAAGCAAGUCAAAUGUUGGGAUCUAGCCUCGGACCAAGUAGCUCAGGUGGCUCAGCAUGAUGCUCCGGUUAAAACUUGUCAUUGG